UUUUUUUUGUAUAUUAUCAUUUUUGGUCGCAUUUUAACAUCAAAGAAUUGUUCAUAUAUAAAUUAAAAGAUCCGUGAAUGAAUAAAGAAAAGCCGGCUAUUUUGUAAAAUUUUAUUUAUUUUUAUACUACUCUUUAUUUUUAUUUCGAUACUAGAGAACAUCAAAAAUGGCAAAUCAACAUUUGGUACAAAAAAUGUUUCAGGCUUUCAACGAAAGGGACGACAUAUCUUAUCGAAAUACAGAUUCAGUUAGCUCAACUAUUUCAACAGUCAGUUCGUAUAAACUAAAGAAGAAAUUAUCACCAUAUAUUGAAAGGAAAAACAAAAUCGAAGUGAAAUCUAUGAGUGUUAUGGGAUUUCCCGAAAAGUACAGAUAUGCUUGGAAUUUUUUACAUCCGCACUACAGCGUAUCAUUGUCACCAAUAGUAAAAUACAUGGUAGCGCAUAGACAAUAUGACGAUACAGAGGUUCGAAUUGGCACAGAGGUGUAUUACUGCCAUAUGAAGGUUUUACAAACCUAUUGUAGAAAAUUUGACGAGCUAACCAAUGAAAGAGUAAUUCAAUUAGCACCAGAGAUCGUAUCACCUCAUGUGUUUACGGAACUUUAUGCCUGGAUUAUUGAUAAAAAGAAAGGUAUUCGCAGGCAGGAUUUGGUGGGAAUUUUAAAAGCAGCCUCUUUUCUUAAAAUGAAGGCAAUGUUAGACUACGUUACUUCUUGUUUAGCUGAUAGCUCAAUUUUCAAUGAAGAAGCAGCUGUGAUGUUUUAUACAGAAUCCAUCGGUUUAGAUAUUCCCAUUGUCCAUUGGACAAUGUUGCAACGUAUAACAAGAUUCUUUUUAACAUUUGUCGCUAGUAAAGAUUUUUUAUAUAUGAAGGCUGUUGAUUUAAUGCACUUAAUAAAGUGUAAUUACAUUGGUGUCAACUGUGAGACAGAGGUAUUUUUCGCAGUUAUUAAGUGGUUUAGCCAUGAUCCAGACACACGUAAAAACUUUCUGGCUGAAAUUAUGGAAAAUGUACGUUUUGGACUGAUGCCGGCCGUACAAUUAACUCACUUAAAAAAUUCUUCUCGAUGUCAUGCGAAUGUUUCACGAGCAAUAAAUGUUAGAGGUGUAGAUCAGUUAAUUAAUGAUGGCUUAUCUUACCGCUCCAUUAUAGAAUGUUAUGGCAGUGACGACUACGAAUUUAUGCUUCAUUUGAAAAGAGCUGCAUUCGUAGAACUACCGUACCGUUACUGGAUAAUAGAUGUCAAUUGCAAUUAUCAUCACAGUUUAUUGUGUAAACAUCGUAAUGCAGUUUCAUUCGAAAUGUUUCUGAAUUACUUGGAUACGUUGCAACAUAUGGAUGCAAACUAUUAUAAGACAUAUAUGUUAUUAACAAAUGACACUAAGAUACAAUGCUGUAAUUUUUUUAACGCGAUUGAACGGAAAAUGGAGGAAGACGGGCACGCUUACCUAUCGAGUGAAUCCACCGAUGUGAUUAGUGUUCAAUCAGUAAAAACACCUUCAGAUUUAUUUAGCUCUGCUGCCAUGGAUGGUCCUGGAUUUCUGGCUCAAGCAUUGGACAAUGAAUAUGCAAGUGUUUGAAGAAAUAUAACAAACUGAUGUAGUACGAUCAAUUGCUUGAAACUGAUUUAUAUUUUUACUUCAAAGUUGAUUGUAUCUACCGCUAAAUCAGUAAUCAGUAUUUCGAUAUAUCGAAAUUAUUUGCAUGCACUGCAAAUAGUUUCUUGAUUUACAAUCAUCUUCUGUAAUGUAGAUUUUAAGAGGAUUCAAAAUUAAAGUAACAAUCUGAGACGGAUUA